AUGGCUAAGAUGUGGUCUUGUAUGAAAGACUUCUUCACCUAUGAAACCACUAAGUCAGUGGUAGUGAAGAGCUGGACCAUCGGCAUCAUCAACCGUGUCGUCCAACUCCUCAUCAUCACUUACUUCAUCGGGUGGGUGUUUGUCAAUGAGAAGGCCUACCAGGUGAGAGACACAGCUAUUGAGUCCUCAGUGAUGACCAAGGUCAAAGGUUUUGGAAUCUGCAAUGACAAGGUCAUGGAUGUUGCAGACUACGUCACUCCUACACAGGGAGCUUCAGUCUUCUGCAUCAUCACCAAACUGAUAACUACAGAGAACCAAGUCCAAGGAUACUGUCCUGAGGUCAGUUACUGUCCCUACUGUUACUGCUAUACUCCUACCGUUAUUAGAAUUCUGACAGGGAAAUGUGUUCCGUUCAACACCACGCUCCAGAUGUGUGAGAUAAAAGGAUGGUGUCCUGCUGAAAUCGACACCAUCAAGACUACAGCAAUGAUGGAGGUGGAGAAUUUCACCAUUUUCAUUAAGAAUAGCAUCCGCUUUCCAAUCUUCAACUACACUAAAGGGAACUUCCUUACUACCAUAACUGACGAUUACAUAAAAACAUGUAAGUUUGACAUGGUCAACAACACCUACUGCCCCAUCUUCAGAGUGGGAGACGUGGUCCGCUACGCACAGCAGAACUUCACCAAGCUGGCAAACAAGGGGGGAGUGAUCGGAAUAAAGAUCGGCUGGGUAUGUGACCUGGACAAGUCAGAUGACCAGUGCAACCCCUCGUACUCAUUCACCCGACUGGAUGCCAUGUCACAGAAGAACGCUGUCUCACCGGGCUACAAUUUCAGGUUUGCCAAAUACUAUAAGAUGGAGAAUGGGACAGAGUACCGCACUCUGGUCAAAGCCUAUGCUAUUAGGUUUGAUGUUCUGGUCAAUGGAAAUGCAGGGAAAUUCAACAUGAUCCCUACACUCAUCAACAUGGUGGCGGCCUUCACGUCAGUGGGAGUGGGCACAGUGUUGUGUGACAUCAUACUGCUGAACUUCCUGAAAGGAGCAGAGCAGUACAAGGCCAAGAAAUUUGAAGAGGUGUCGGACAGCCCGCUGGAUUUCCAAAGCAAUGGGUUUUACCGCUCCCAGCUGUCACUCAGACAUAACGAGACCAUCAUGAGGUCCAGUGACUCGGGGGCAUUUUCUAUUGAACAUUACACCUAA